CCCUAAUAACAUCUUUAAGUUAUAGCAGCCAGCCGCACCCUCAAACCAUUUUCGUUCUCUCUGAGUUUGUUUGGAGGUUUUGAUUUAUUUCAGUUGGUUUGGAUUUGAGAUUUGGGAGUUUUUGGCUUGGUGGAUUUGAGCAUUGUUGUGGUCUUCAUAAACAAAGCUUCUAUAUAUGAAAGGUGGCUAGCACUACUCGUAGAUAAUCAGAGAAACAAAGCAAAAGCUAGAGUAGAGAGUAACUAAAUAGGCGAAACGACCAAAAAGCUUGAUUAAAGAAGAAGCAAUGGCCGAGAAACUGGCUCCAGAAAAGCGCCACAACUUCAUUCACAAUGGUCAAAAGGUGUUUGAAUGGGACCAGACACUAGAUGAGGUCAACAUGUAUAUAACUCUUCCGCCAAACGUUCAUUCCAAGCAAUUCUAUUGCAAGAUUCAGUCUAAGCAUGUUGAACUCGGGAUCAAGGGCAAUCCUCCUUACCUCAAUCAUGACCUUGCUAGCCCGGUGAAGACAGAUGAUUCUUUUUGGACCUUAGAGGAUGGUAUAAUGCAUAUAACACUACAGAAGAGGGACAAAGGCCAGACUUGGACUUCUCCUAUAUUGGGUGAGGGCCAACUCGAUCCUUACGCUACUGAUCUCGAACAGAAGCGGCUCAUGCUUCAAAGAUUUCAAGAAGAGAACCCGGGUUUUGACUUCUCUCAAGCCCAGUUCACUGGCAACUGUCCUGAUCCAAGGACCUUUAUGGGUGGAAUUCGUACUGAUUGACAAUGUUUGGUAUCUUGAUUUAAAACUUGCAAAAUCACGACUUAACAUUUAGUAAAUAAGACGAUCUAAUGUGUUUGUGAGGAGUCUGAACCACACCUUAAAUAAAAAGAAAUGAAGUUUGGUUUUGAUUGGGUGUUCUAUAUUUGGUUUCAUGCUAUCUCUGUAAUAAUUUUAUCGGUGUAUUAUUAUCUCUGAAUUACUACUAUUGUAGCAUGAACAAAGUUUAAGUGUUGUGUAUGUUAGAACCAUACUUAUAAAUUUAUAAUUAUUAUUGAUGCUGACUGUUUUCGUGUA